UCUUUUCAAGGAUGAUAUGCUUAUACGUGUUUAUAAUUAUAAUACACUUGAACGGCUACAUCAAUUUGAAGCACAUAGUGAUUAUAUUCGUUCAGUUGCUGUUCAUCCAACACAACCAUAUAUUCUUACUAGUAGUGAUGAUAUGACAAUUAAAUUAUGGGAUUGGGAUGCUAAAUGGGCAUUAAAACAAACUUUUGAAGGACAUAUUCAUUAUGUUAUGCAAAUAGCUAUUAAUCCAAAAGAUAAUAAUACAUUUGCAUCAGCUUCACUUGAUCGUACUGUCAAGGUAUGGCAAUUAGGAUCUACUCAAGCAAAUUUUACUCUUGAAGGUCAUGAUAAAGGUGUUAAUUGUGUUGAUUAUUAUUCAGGUGGUGAUAAACCUUAUCUUGUAUCAGGUGGUGAUGAUCGUCUUGUUAAAAUUUGGGAUUAUCAAAACAAAACAUGUGUACAAACAUUGGAAGGACAUUCACAAAAUGUUGGUUGUGUUGCGUUUCAUCCUGAAUUACCUAUUAUAUUAAGUGGUUCAGAAGAUGGUACUGUUAAAUUAUGGCAUUCAAAUACAUAUCGUCUUGAAUCAACACUUAAUUAUGGUCUGGAACGAUGUUGGACUAUAGCAUGUUUAAAAGGAUCAAAUAAUGUUGCACUUGGUUAUGAUGAAGGAACAAUGAUGAUUAAAUUGGGUCGAGAAGAACCAGCUAUGUCAAUGGAUGCAUCAACUGGUAAAAUAGUUUGGGCAAAACAUUGUGAAAUUCAACAAGUUAAUUUAAAACAAUUAACUAGUGAUCAACAAUUAAAAGAUGGUGAAAAAGUUCCAUUAAAUAUUAAAGAAAUGGGUAGUUGUGAAAUAUAUCCACAAACAUUAUCACAUUCACCAAAUGGACGAUUUGUUGUUGUUUGUGGUGAUGGUGAAUAUAUAAUUUAUACAGCAAUAACAUUACGUAAUAAAAGUUAUGGUAAUGCAAUGGAAUUUGUUUGGUCACAAGAUUCAUCGGAAUAUGCUGUACGUGAUGGAAAUAUGGUUAAAAUAUUUAAAAAUUUUAAAGAAAAAAAAACAUUUAAACCUGAAUCUGGUGCUGAAAAUAUUUUUGGUGGAUCACUUUUAGGUGUUCGAUCUUAUUCUGGUUUAACAUUUUAUGAUUGGGAUACAUUAAACUUAGUUCGACGUAUUGAAAUUGUACCAAAAACUAUUUAUUGGAGUCAAAAUGGUGAAUUAGUUUGUAUUGCAACAGAAGAAUCAUAUUAUGUUCUUCGUUAUAAUCCUCAAGCUGUUACAGCUGCUACGACAAAUAAAGACCUUAUAUCCGAAGAUGGAAUUGAAGAUGCAUUUGAUGCAAUUAGUGAAAUUCCUGAAAUUGUAAGAACAGGUGUAUGGGUUGGUGAUUGUUUUAUUUAUACAAAUUCUCUUAAUCGUAUAAAUUAUUAUGUUGGUGGUGAAAUUGUAACAAUAUCACAUUUAGAUAGAGUAAUGUAUUUAUUAGGUUAUGUUUCGAAUGAAAAUCGUCUAUAUUUGGGUGAUAAAGAAAUGUCUAUUGUUUCAUUUGAAUUAUCCUUAGCUGUACUUGAAUAUCAAACAGCUGUUAUGCGUAAAGAUUUUGAAACAGCAGAUCAAGUUCUUCCAACAAUAGCAAAAGAACAACGAACACGUGUUGCACAUUUUCUUGAAAAACAAGGUUUUCGUCAACAAGCAUUAGCUGUUACAAUGGAUAAUGAACAUAAAUUUGAUUUAGCACUUCAAUUAGGAAAUUUAUCUGUUUGUUAUGAACUUGCACUUGAAAUGGAAAAUGAACAAAAAUGGUUACAAUUAUCUGAAUUAGCAACAAAAUCUGGAGAUUUUAAUUUAGUACAAGAAUGUUUAACACGUGCACAAGCAUUUGGUUCACUUAUAUUAUUAGCAAGUGCAUCAAGUAAUAAAGAAUUAAUGUCAACAAUUGGUGAACAUUCAAGAAAAAAUGGCCAAUUUAAUAUAGCUUUUCUAUCAAAUUUUGUUUUGGGAAAAUUAGAUCAAUGUUUAGAUAUACUUAUUGAAAAUCAACGUUUACCUGAAGCAGCUUUUUUUGCUCGAACAUAUUUACCAUCACAAAUUGGUCGUAUUGUUGGUUUAUGGAGAGAAAAAUUAAAACAAAUGAAUAUGGAACGUUCUGCACAAGCAUUAGCAAAUCCAACUGAUUAUGAAAAUCUUUUUCCAGGUCUUAUUGAU